AUGUUCCCCUGGGGGCUGAGCUGCCUGUCGGUGCUGGGGGCCGCGGGCACCGCUCUCCUGGGUGCCGGCCUGCUGCUCAGCCUGGCCCAGCACCUCUGGACGCUCCGCUGGACGCUGAGCCGGGACCGGGCCUCCGCCCUGCCCCUGCCCAAGGGUUCCAUGGGCUGGCCCUUCUUCGGCGAAACGCUGCACUGGCUAGUUCAGGGCUCUCGCUUCCACAGCUCCCGUCGGGAGCGCUAUGGGACAGUGUUCAAGACGCACCUGCUGGGCCGGCCGGUGAUCCGCGUGAGCGGCGCCGAGAACGUGCGCACAAUCCUGCUGGGCGAGCACCGCCUUGUGCGCAGCCAGUGGCCGCAGAGCGCGCACAUCCUACUGGGCUCGCACACGCUGCUUGGCGCGGUUGGGGAGCCGCACCGGCAGCGGCGCAAGGUCCUGGCGCGUGUGUUUAGCCGCGGGGCUCUGCAGCGCUUCGUGCCCCGCCUGCAAGGGGCACUGCGGCGCGAGGUGCGCUCCUGGUGCGCGGCUCGCCGGCCCGUUGCUGUCUACCAGGCUGCCAAGGCACUCACCUUUCGCAUGGCUGCGCGCAUCCUACUGGGCCUACGGCUGGACGACGUACAGUGCGCCGCGCUGGCCCGGACCUUCGAGCAGUUCGUAGAGAACCUCUUCUCGCUGCCCCUGGACGUUCCCUUCAGCGGCCUGCGCAAGGGCAUCCGAGCACGAGAUCAACUGCAUCGGUACCUGGAGGAGGCUAUUGCAGAAAAGCUUCGUGAAGACAAGGCUGCAGAGCCAGGUGAUGCCCUCGACAUGAUUAUCCACAGCACUAGGGAGCAGGGCCAGGAGCUCUCAGUGCAGGAGCUGAAGGAGACGGCUGUGGAGCUCCUCUUCGCCGCCUUCCUCACCACGGCCAGCGCCAGCACGUCCCUCGUACUGCUGCUCCUGCAGCACCCGGCGGCCGUCGCCAAGAUCCGGCAGGAGCUGGCGGCGCAGGGACUGGGGCGCGCGUGCGGCUGCGCGGCGGGGGCCGCGGGGGGCGGCGAGGGGCCCCGGCCCGACUGCGGCUGCGAGCCCGACCUCAGCCUCGCGGCGCUGGGCCGUCUGCGCUACAUCGACUGCGUGGUCAAGGAGGUGCUGCGCCUCCUGCCGCCGGUGUCCGGGGGCUACCGCACCGCGCUGCGCACCUUCGAGCUCGACGGCUACCAGAUCCCCAAGGGCUGGAGCGUGAUGUAUAGCAUCCGGGACACGCACGAGACGGCCGCGGUGUACCGCAGCCCGCCCGAGGGCUUCGACCCCGAGCGCUUUGGCGCGGCGGGCGAGGAUGCGCGGGGCGCCUCCGGCCGCUUCCAUUACAUCCCCUUCGGCGGCGGAGCGCGCAGCUGUCUCGGCCAGGAGCUGGCACAGGCGGUGCUCCAGCUGCUGGCGGUGGAGCUGGUGCGCACGGCGCGCUGGGAACUGGCCACGCCUGCCUUCCCCGCCAUGCAGACCGUGCCCAUCGUGCACCCGGCGGACGGGCUGCGGCUUUUCUUCCACCCGCUCGCGCCUUCGGCAGCGCGAGAUGGGCUACGCCUCUGACCCGCUGCGCUUUGGGACAGGACUUGGCCAGUGGCGGAGGCGCGCUGUCAGCGCCGCCCAUCUGCGGUUUCUUAGUGCCAGGUCGGGCGCUCGUUCAACAAACGGUCACCGAAUGCAGCUCUCUGCCAGACUCUGAGGGAGGAGGAGCGCGGGCCGGAGCAACGGCGCCCCGCAGAAGCGCCCAGGCCGGCGGGAAGGUUCCUCCUGCGCUCUGCGCCCCGAGGAAGGAAGGGUCGUGAGCCUAGCCUCUUAAGCCUUUCCCAGUAUCUCCAGGCAGAGAUGAAGGGAACAGAUCUUCACCAGGAGUUGCGGGGCCUCGCCUUCCGGCGCCAAGCCCGGGAGGUUGCCUGGAUCUUGGGGUGGCCGGGAGGAUUGCUAGGGCAGGAGUGGACGGCGCCAGAGACCCAGCGGACGCGGCUGGACCUGCAACCCUUGAGAGGAAGCGCAUCUCCGGCCUGGCUUUGGGCCAUAGUAAGACACACCGAGAAGGCGCCCAGCGGAAGGCCCUCAGGCAGCUGACCUCGGCUUGGUGCGCUGAGGCCACUCUGCUGGUCUCAGUCUCGGCGGAUACUCAGAACUCUGGGCGCUUCCAGGGCUCUAAAUGGCUCAACAUCAUUGAUUCCGCUGGUGACUUCGUAAAAGAAAAAUUCCUACUUCAAGAACGCGUUUAAUCUUCCCAUAUAUACAGGGGAGAAUAGGCACAGAGAGAUGUCUCUAAGGUUGGAUUAUUUUCAUGGGAGGUUGACACAUAAUCAGAGAGGUUUGGGAUAUUUCUACCCAAAACAGGAAGGCCAAGAA